AUGAGCAGCAAAUUUUUGACAUUAGUUCAACGAUUAACUAAACGUUAUAUUCAUUCUUCGCAAUCAUUAUUAUCCGGUGAAUAUGAAUAUCAAGAUCCUAAAUCUCCUAACGAUAUUGUAAAUGUUACCUUUAUAGACAAGGAAGGGAAAUCUUAUCAAGUUAAAGGAAAAAUUGGUGAUAAUUUGAUGUAUUUAGCACAUCGUUAUAAAAUUGAAAUAGAAGGAGCAUGUGAAGCAUCACUUGCUUGCUCAACAUGUCAUGUUUAUGUUAAACAAAAUUUUUAUGAUAAAUUACCACCUCCAAAAGAUGAAGAGGAAGAUAUGCUUGAUUUAGCUGCAUUUUUAAAAUCAAACUCUAGAUUAAGUUGUCAAAUUAUAUUAGAUAAAAGUCUAGAUGGACUUGUUGUUACAUUGCCUGCUGCUACAAGAAAUUUUUAUGUGGAUGGACACACACCUCAACCUCAUUAG